AUGUUUCCUCUACAAUCAUUUUCGUAUGACGAUCAAUUAAUCAACAUUGUUUAUCAAAACUUCGUCUUUACAUUAAUGUUUUUAUCUUUAUCAUCAUUACUGAUAUCGUUUAUUGCCUACCAUUACUGCUGUGAUGAUAAAGAUUCUGUCCUCUCACUCACUUCUCACGAGGAACAAAACAUUUGUCUUCGCAGCAGCAGACCUUUCGGUGACAUUUUAACAUUAUAUUCUGGAAAAACUAUGUCUUAUGGUACUUGGUUAUCGCCAAUAAAUUCUUCAUUAAUCGUUGAAAAUACUUUAACAUUAUCAGAAGUUCAAGUUGAUGAAAAAGGAAAUGCUUAUUGGCUUGAACUUCGUCCAUCUGAAGAUGGUCGUUAUGCAAUUCGUUCAAAUAGGCAACAAAAUGAUUUAAUAGAAACACCAUUUAAUUGUCGUACACGUGUUCAUGAAUAUGGUGGUGGAUCGUAUAAUGUUAAAAAUGAUAUUCUUUACUUUACACAUUUUGUUGAUCAACGUAUUUAUCAAUUGAAUCUUAAAGAAAAUAAUUCACCAAUACCAUUAACAAAUGAAUCAAAUAAUUCAUCAUUACGUUAUGCAGAUUUUGAUGUUGAUUUAUCUCGACAACAAUUAUUAUGUGUACAUGAAAACCAUGAAAAUGAAAGUGACGUUCAAAAUACCAUCGUUUCUAUUUCAUUGAAAAAUUUACCUUCAUCCGUAAUUACAUUGGAAUCAGGCUAUGACUUUUAUUCAUCACCAAAAGUAAGUCAUGAUGGAAAAUAUUUAUUAUGGAUUUGCUGGAACAAUCCAAAUAUGCCAUGGGAUCAAACAGAAUUAUGGAUUGGUGAAUUUAAUAAUGACGAAAAUUUAACAUUGAUUAAUAAAAGAAAAUUGUUUGGAAAAAUUGAUGAAUCAAUUUUAGAUCCAAAAUGGUCACCAGAUGGAAAAUUUAUUUAUUUUAUUAGUGAUCAAAAUGGUUGGUGGAAUAUCUAUCGUACAGAUAUUAAUGGACAAUCAUUAGAACAUAUUUAUAAUAUGGACGCAGAAUUUGGUGGACCAGCAUGGCAAUUUGCUACAUCAUAUUAUGGUUUUGAUUCCAACGGAAACGUUAUUGCUGUUUAUUGGAAAGAUGGCAUUGCUAAAUUAAAUCGAAUUGAUGUUCAAACCAAAACACUUACUCCAUUGAUCGAAACAGUAGAAUAUACUGAUAUUCGUUUUGUUCGUGUUUGUAAUAACAGUGUUUAUUUUAUUGGUUCAUCAUCUGUAAAACCAUCUGAAGUAGUAAUGCUUAAUAUCGAAACGAAUACAAAACAAGUUCUAAGUCGUUCAGCAACUUUAAAAUUUGAUUCACGUUAUUUAUCUGUACCUGAAAUGAUUACAUUCGCAACUGGCAAUGAUAUUGCUUACGGAAUUUAUUAUCCACCGAAAAAUGAUGAUUACCAACAUCUAAUAAACAAAACAGAACUGCCACCAUUACUUGUACGUACUCAUGGUGGUCCAACAUCAGCGACAACAAGUGCAUUCAAUCUUCGUAUACAAUAUUGGACAUCACGUGGUUUCGCCAUGCUUGAUGUUAAUUAUCGUGGUUCGACUGGUUAUGGACGUAAAUUUCGUGAUAGUCUAAAAGAUAAUUGGGGAAUUUAUGAUGUACAAGAUGCAAUAGCCGGUGCUAAAUAUCUUGUUGAACAAAAUAAAGUGGAUAGAAAUCGUUUAACUAUUGAUGGCGGGUCAGCUGGUGGUUAUACCACAUUAUGUGCAUUAACGAUGUAUGAUUAUUUUUCUGCUGGUGCAUCACAUUAUGGUGUCAGUGAUCUUGAAUUACUUGCACUGGAUACACAUAAAUUUGAAGCACGUUAUCUAGAUAGAUUAAUUGGUGAAUAUCCAGCUAAGAAAAAUAUUUAUGUUGAACGUUCACCAAUAAAUCACGUGAAGAAUCUAUCAAAACCGAUUAUAUUUUUUCAAGGUUCAGAGGAUAAGGUAGUUUUACCAAGUCAAGCCGAAAUUAUGGUUAAUGCAUUACGUCAGAAAAAGUUACCCGUUGCUUAUGUUUUAUUUGACGGUGAACAACAUGGUUUUCGUAAAAACAAAAAUAUACGAAAGAGUUUAGAUGGCCAAUUUUAUUUUUUUUCAAAAAUAUUUCGAUUUCAGAUGGCUGAUGAUGUUGAGCCUAUCCCAAUUGAGAAUUUAUCAGAAGAUUAA